UGGCAAAUUGUAUUGUUUGGGCCACGCGCCGGCUUUCUUGACUUUUAUUGUUAUUUAUGAGGCUGUGCGAUGCUACCGAACAACGCGAACGACAAGAAGGAUCGCUAUGCCAAGCUCUCCUUCCUCGGCGAGGGUCAGUUUGCCAUCGUCUACAAGGCGCGGGAUAUGGUGACCAGCCAGAUUGUGGCCGUCAAGAAGAUAAAGAAGGGAUCACGCGAGGAUGCCCGGGAUGGGAUUAAUCGGACGGCACUGCGUGAGAUCAAGAUCCUCCAAGAGCUGCAGCACGAGAACAUUAUCGGACUGGUGGACGUCUUUGGCCAGAUGUCGAAUGUCUCGCUGGUGUUUGACUUCAUGGACACCGACUUGGAGGUAAUUAUCAAGGACACAAAGAUCAUAUUGACGCCGGGCAACAUUAAGGCAUAUGCCAUAAUGACGCUGCGCGGACUAGAGUACCUGCAUCAGAACUGGAUUCUACAUCGCGAUCUCAAGCCCAACAAUUUGCUGGUGAACAGUGAUGGUAUCCUCAAGAUCGGUGAUUUCGGUUUGGCCAAGUCCUUUGGCUCACCGAAUCGCAUCUACACGCAUCACGUGGUCACACGCUGGUAUCGGUCCCCCGAGCUCCUGUUUGGCGCCCGGCAAUAUGGCACCGGUGUGGAUAUGUGGGCCGUCGGCUGUAUCCUGGCAGAGCUUAUGUUGCGCGUACCCUUCAUGCCGGGCGAUUCCGAUUUGGAUCAACUGACACGCAUCUUUGCCACGCUCGGUUCACCGCCAGAAUCGGAGUGGCCACAUGCGGCCAAGCUAAACGAUUAUCUAGUGUUUCGCAACUUUCCCGGCACGCCGCUGGAGAAUAUCUUUACCGCUGCCGGCAAUGAUUUGAUCUAUUUGAUGCGUCGCCUGUUUAGCAUGAAUCCGCUGAAGCGUGUCUCAUGUCGCGAGGCCCUGAGCCUACCAUAUUUCCACAACAAGCCAGCGCCCACAGUGGGUCCGAAGCUGCCAAUGCCCUUGGCCAUUCUGGCUGCCAAGGAGACGGCGACAACGAACGACGAGAAGCCAGUGCUCAAACGGAAGCUGGUAGAGACCACAGUCCGAGGCAAUGGCCUGGCCCAGAAGAAGCGUUUGCAGUUCUAAGUUAUAAUCAAGAGAAGAGUCAGCAGAAAUUUUGGUCACCUAACGGCAAGUGUUCCCCAAAUUUCUAUUUAGGGAUUAAGGCAUUUUUCGCAUUGCAAUUGCUUAAGAGAUUACCUUAAUUAAUAUCAGCUUCGUACUCAAACAUUUGUAAUUAAAAUUGCUUGCAUUUGAGAAUCCAUGCCAAGUACAUCGAUUCUCAUAAUGCUCGGAAUCGAUAUGCAUAUUACUACUCCUUGCCUUGUUUUGUUACAAAAGAAGAUCAAGAGAGACAGAUAGAAAAUAGGCUAAGUUUAUAAUUAAGACAAGUGGAUGAUUUAUUAAAGAUGUAAGCCAAAAUGGAA